AUGAGUGAUAGUGCUGUUGAGAAAGUUUACUGUGCUGGUUUGCAAUGUGGUAAAGAGACCGAAUCGCAACUGAAGUGUCCUAUCUGUCUGAAGAAUGGGAUUGUAUCAGUCUUCUGUGAUGAAGUCUGUUACAAGAAUAAUUACAAGUCCCACAAGGCUCUACAUUUCAAAGAAGGUGAUGAGACUGGUGAAGUGGCAUACAACCCAUUCCCAAAGUUCAAGUUCGGCGGUGACGUGAGACCUAAUUACCCUUUAACCCCAAAGAGAUAUGUUCCUGAAAAUAUUGAAAAACCAGACUGGUCGCAGGAUGGUCUUCCAGUUGACGAACAAAAGAAUGAUAGAACUAACGAGAUCCCAGUUUACACUAAGGAAGAGAUCAAAAAGAUCAGAAAGGCAUGCGUAUUGGGUAGAGAAGUUCUAGAUAUUGCUGCCGCUGCUGUUAAGCCAGGUGUCACCACUGACGAAAUUGACAAGAUCGUUCACGAAGAAACCAUUAAACGUAAUUGUUAUCCAUCUCCAUUGAAUUACUAUAACUUCCCUAAGUCUGUAUGUACUUCUAUAAAUGAGGUGAUUUGUCAUGGUAUUCCAGAUAAGACUGUACUAAAGGAAGGUGAUAUCGUCAAUCUAGAUGUGUCUCUAUAUUAUCAAGGCUUCCAUGCCGAUUUGAACGAGACUUACUAUGUUAUAGGUGAUGAUGAAUCCAAGUUAUCCAAGGAGGCUAUUAACACUGUUGAAACCGCUAGAGAAUGUCUGAAGAUCGCUAUCAAGCAAUGUAAACCAGGAACAACAUUCCAAGAAUUAGGUGAUUACAUCGAGAAACAUGCAUCUGAGAACAAAUGUUCCGUAGUCAAGACUUAUUGUGGUCAUGGUGUUGGUAAAUACUUCCAUUGUGCCCCAAGUGUGCCCCACUACAAGGGUAACAGAACCGCUGGUGUCAUGAAACCAGGUAUGAUCUUCACUAUCGAACCUAUGAUUAAUGAAGGUACUUGGAAGGAUGCCACUUGGCCAGAUGACUGGACAUCUACCACUCAAGAUGGUAAGAGAUCUGCCCAAUUCGAACAUACAUUGAUGGUCACUGAACAUGGUGUCGAGAUCUUAUCCGCUAGAAACAAGAAGUCUCCAGGUGGUCCAAGACAAAGAAUCAAAUAA